AUGAAUCAAAAGUCCAUUGAGGAACGUCUUGCUCUAGAAGAAAAUGAAAAACGAAAUAAAGUCAGAAAAAAAUUGAAAAUAAAAAAAAAUAAUGAAGAAAAUGAGGGAAGAAAAAUGCCGCUUUUCGCCGCUGGGGCGGGAUCAUCCCCUCCCGAUUCUAGCAGCGAGCAAAAGCAUGCGACUUAUGUUGGCCAGAUCGAUCCUUCGACGAUGCUCUCGAUCAUGCGAGUCAAGAGCGACAAUCAACAGAACCAAAAACCCUUCUUUCCAGAACCAGUCCAUGUCGACGACGAAGAAAAUCAAGCGAAACAGAAGUCGGAUAAGAAGAAGAAAUCGAAAAAGUCGAAAAAGAAAAGCAAAACCGACGAAAAAAGCGAGAAAACACGACUUCGACCAGGAGAAAUCGAAACGAAAAAAGGCGUUUAUUAUUUGGAUCAAGCUCCUGUUGGAUCGCUGUUUUGUCUCGACAAGAAAGGGGACACUGAAAAUCGCAUUUUCCAGAGAAUCUACAACGGAGAGCUUCCAGUCUACAAACGCAUCAAUCGAGAUAUCGUCGGUCUUGAAAAAUACUUAUUCGAAGAUAAGAAGAAAUCAAAGAAGAAAAAGAAAAACGAAGUCGGCCGGUACUUCGACAAAAAGAACAGAAAACUGAUCAAAGCAGCUCCAGCGGCAACGGCUCGUUCGAUGAAGAACAAAAACAGGGCGAUGGAAGACGUCGACAGCCAGAAACCAAAACUGACGAUGUACAGUACGGAAUUGAUUGAAGACUUCCACGAAGACAAUGAAAUUGAAAUUUUGCAACUGCGGACUCGCGAUUUCAACAGAAAGCUUCAAGAGUUUCCUGAAGACGUUUCGCUCUGGCUUGAAUUCGUCGAAUUUCAAGACGAGCUAUUUGAGGAUCAAAUAGAAAAGGCUCAAAAUGGCAAGAACAUCUCGCGAAAAGUGCUAAAUGAGAAGAAAAUCGCGAUUCUGGAUCGAGCACUGGAUGUUAAUCAGAAAUCGGUUGUUGAGCCUAAAAUCAGGGUAGCUUUGCUCCAUUUCGGCAAAAAGAUCUGGCCUCAAGAAGAGCUGCAAAAGCGAUGGGAAGGACUAGUCUUUUCAAAUCCGCAUUUACCAGAACUAUGGCGGGCGUUUUUGGACUCUCAAUUCAACACGCCGCUGAAGGCGAAAAUGAAAUACUACCAGAAGCAAUUCGAGACACUUGGAGCAAUCUCCGAAGGUUCGUACGCAACCACCCCUCCGGAAAACUUGGAGGAUGAAAUGAUUAUUAAUUUGAAUCACUUGACAGCUCAGUUGAGCCACUUGGGCCAGACAGAAAAAGCGACUGCGAUUUAUCAAGCCAUGAUUGAGUUGAAUUACUUCUGCCCACCUGCUCUGCGAAUGCGCAACCGCGAGAACAAGCUCAAGGCGGCGGAGCAUUACUGGGAGUCGAAUCUUCCACGCUGCGGCGAGGGUAGCCAUGUCAGCUGGGCUGAAUAUUUUAUCACUGCCGGCGCAAAGAGAUUCACAGAAGAAAACACGGACGAGCUGGACGAGAACGAGUUGAAGAUGAUCAAUCAAGACGAGGCGGCGGGCCUCAGCUGGGCACGGGUUGAGGUGUACAGAGACAGAAGACAUUGGCUACCACUCAGGAGUUUGGAAGACGAUGACGAUCUGGAUGACCACGAGCGGCGCAUUAAGUUCUCAGACAUCCGUAAUGCUUUGUUCUGCCUCCCUGAUGAUCAAUUAUGCAUUCGACUAUUAUUCAGCUUCCUGAGAUACCUCGGCGCUCCAACGCUGUCAGACUCUGUCCCAGGCGACAUCGUUUCCGACGAGUUCUUCCAACGUCAAAUAGUUUCUCACGGGCAACUGUUCUAUUCUUCAACCACAAGUACCGCCGCGCCCAAAAACAUUGCCGAUGCACUCAACUCGCUCACGAGCUGCCGCUUCUAUCAACCACUGCCACCCGCCUGCGGGCAAACGUACGACGUUGAUCGGCGCCUCGGGACAUGCCCAAAGAUGAAUCAUCAAUUUGUGGCGAGGCUGUUACAGCAGAUUCUCGAGAAAGCAGAAGUCAGUGGCGCUCUCCACGAUCCAGAUGCGAAACUGUCCUUUGCCACAAAUGGAAUUUAUUACUUCCGAAGCAGACUGUUCUUUUUAAAACAAGGGGGCGUGCAAAUAUCACGAGCCCACAAAGAUUACAAGGAGGGGAAAAAGUUUGCCAAGGCGGUGCUCAAACGUCCGGAGCUCCGUGGGAACGUCAUUCCUUGGUGCGAGUUUGGCAGAUUAGAGGCUGAAGCAGCUGGAGCCACAGCAGCUGUGAACGAAAUUUUCACGAAUUGUCUCGCUCUCGGCCACUCGCUCCGGGCAAAGGCGGACGAUUUCAAGGUCUUUGCGUGUAUGUUUUAUGUGCUCAAAGAGAUGGCGAUGGUGAUCCUGUUUGGCUCUGAUAUGGCCGAGUACCCCGCGUUGGCGCGCGCAUUCAUAUCGGCCGUAGGCACCUUCCUGGCCAAUGAGGAGGCGCCCUCGCUGGGCGCGACGUUUGAACCAGUCAAAGUGCUCCGGAUUCGAAAUGAGCUGAUCGAUUUGCUGGGAAAGCAUGCGACUGCAUAUCGUGACGAUAUUUAUGCGUACUACGGCUGGUCAUGGGGCGAAUCAGCCUUUUUCGACGUUGCAGUCGUCGUUUCCGCAUUUGAGCUGGCUGUAGGGGAUGUUACCAGCUCCCUGGCAGCGCUGGAGAAUGUUAUCGAGACGAUGAAGACAACUUUAGGGCCCCUAGUAGAACAUUACGACCCGACAGUCGUCGACGAACCGAGAAUUAGACGUCGGAGAAAAGAUCUUCAUUCAAUUCAUUUGUACCGAAUUCAGCUUUUCGCCAAGUUUGCGACGAGAGAGCAGAGUUUGACGAAGAAUUUGUUACAGUUCCGACAAUUCGUAUCGAGUGGAUUAUCGGAUUUCCCAUCGUCUGUUGAGCUUCUCUACGUUUGGUACCACGUUGAAUCGAUGAAACUUGGAAUCCACCGGCCGAGCGAUAAUCUUUCCUCCACUGGUUCCGUUUUACCGCGUCAGAUAUUUUCGAUUUUGUACGACUUGUCGCGAGAGUCCCGCAUCUCGAAUCUGCAUGCUUCGGCUGAUACUGAUGCAGACUCGUCAAAUACGGCGCGAGUAAUGACAACUGGUCUGCACCAUCGAAUCAGGAAGAAAUUUUCCGCCGCGGUGGAGAAGUAUCCUCAAUGCGCGUUGCUCUGGAGAAUGUAUUUGGCUUUUGAGAAGAAAAUGGACAACGAGGCCGAGUAUGAAAAUGUCUUCUACAGGGCGAUUGAUCAUUUGCCUCAUGUGAAGUGCCUGUACAUUGAUGCGAUUAUUUACAUGCCCUACAGAAUCGACGAGUAUUUACGAACCAUGUCUGACAGAGAUGUGAGACUACGCGUGCCUAUCGAAGAAAUUCGAAUGCUGCUGAAUAUACCCGUUGACGAAACGCAAAACGCAGAAGCAGCACAAGCAGAAAGCGCACAAGAGAACAUCAAACAGAUGCGAAUCGACGAUGACGAGGACCCUGACGUAGAAGAAAUACCUAUAAUUAUCAAAGAAGAAAGGGGGAGACGAUCGAACUCGAGAGAGCUCUCGCCGGAUAGAAUGGACGAUGUAGCUUCAAGUGGCGAAGAAGAGGAGGAUGAAUACGACUCUGUACCCGCUUAUGAGGCGCCCCACAAGAGAGCAGACGAUGACGAUCGGAAAAGAAGGUCUUCCAGAAAAAGGAAAAAGGGAGUACAAUACCCCGAUCCCGAGUUUGACCGUCGAUGGGAAAAGAAGCGGCGCGACGCCGAAGAUGCGAAACAAAGGGAAAUUGAAGAGCGGCGACGGCGACGUGACGAGGAGAGACGCGAGCGAUAUCGAAGUCAUGACGAUUACUCCGAUUAUGAUGAUGAUCAUCGCGACUAUAGAUCAAGAUCGAGAUCAAGGUCACGUGAACGAGAUUAUCGAAGGUCAAUCAGCCCAGCCCGGCACCAGCGAGAUCGGCGAUCGCCGAGUUAUGAGAAAUCAUCGCGCGACCGGAGGCGCGAUUCCAGAGAUCGACAUCGCGAUUACGAUUCUUACGACAGGCACCGAUCCAGAUCGCUAGAAGAGCUCCUGCUCGGGAGCAACAACAUCAAAGAGUUACCAAAGCAAUUCUUCAAGCUCGUAAAUCUCAAAAAACUCAACUUAUCCGACAAUGACCUCUCAAACCUCGGCCCCGAGUUGUCACAGCUCAGCAAGCUCGUCGAGCUCGAUCUGUCGAGAAACGAUCUCGGCCGAAUUCCGGAAAAUAUCAAGAUGCUCGCGCUGCUAGAAUCUGUUGACUUCUCCGCAAAUCCAAUGACGCGUAUUCCUGACACGAUGGUCAACCUUGCCUCGCUCAAGCACAUGAAAAUCAAUGCCAUUUCGCUGGAGCGUUUCCCGGAAAACUUUGGCGACCUGAAAACUUUGGAAACAUUAGAAGCACGAGAGAACAUGGUGAUGACGCUACCAGAAUCAAUCUGCGAUCUACCGAAUCUACAAUAUCUCGAUUUAGGAGAAAACGAAAUCACAAAGCUUCCAGACAAAUUCGGAAAGCUCUCAAAGCUACUUGAACUGUGGAUUGACGACAAUGACUUGACAUCCUUGCCCGAUUCAAUUGGCGGCCUUGUAAAUCUAACCCUCGCCGACUUUACGAAAAACAAACUCGAAAAAAUCCCGGACUCAAUCUCCAACUGUGUAAAUAUAAGCGUCCUCACUCUCAAAGAAAACUACCUUUCCUACUUACCUAACUCGAUCGGCGCGCUCAAGAAAUUAUCCGAACUCACUGUCGACAACAACAAACUUUGCGAAUUAACAGACUCUAUCGGCCAAUGCGUCGCGUUGACGGAGCUCAUUCUCACCGAAAAUUUAAUCCAAGAGCUUCCAGAAUCGCUGGCCAACUUAUCAAACCUCGGUGUCCUCAAUGUUGGUCGAAAUCGAAUCACGCAUUUGCCAGAGAGAAUCGGCAAGUGCAAAGCGCUUCGGAUGCUCUUUCUCCGUGAGAAUCAUCUUGAAAGGAUACCAGACACAAUCGGCGACCUGAAGAACUUGCAAACUUUGGACGUGGCCGGGAAUAGACUCGACUAUCUUCCCGAUAGCUUGCUGCAGCUUGACAUAAAAGCGGUCUGGCUCAGCGCGAAUCAAGCUCAACCUCUGGUCGCGUUUCAAGAAGACACGAUCACGGAAAACGGUGUGCAAAAGAAAGUCCUAACAUGUUUCCUUCUUCCACAGCAUAAAUUCAACAACGAAGACUACGUGCCUAAACCUUUAACGCAAAAGAUUCCAACUCACGAGAGCUUAUCGCAACCGCCUGAACCAAGGAUUCAAUUCGAAGCGGAAGAGGAAGAGUCCAAUACGGACGAAAAUACGACAGGUUUCAAUCGAGUGCGUGAUUUUACGCCACUGCCAAAGGAUCGUGAUCGCAUGAAACAAGAAGCGCUGAGCUACGCGCAGAAGAAGCAACAAGAAGAAGAUGAAAAAGAGCGAGCAGCACAGCAAAAGAAAGAAGAAGAAGAAGCGGCUGAAGAGGAAACGGAUGAACUCGACCCGCUUAUUGUUCACAACGAGAGUGAAAGCCUCGAUGACAGCAGAGAGCAUGCGCAGCUUCAGCAAAAUGGCGUCAGGUUCGACCAAAGCAUCCAGGAAGAGGCGCCAAUGGAGCACCGACUAAAAAGGACAAACACGCCGCAUUACAAGCGAGAAGCAAGGCUGACGAAUAUGGAUCCACCUGGAAAUUUGAUAAUUGACAACAAGCCCAAUUUAAAUCUAUCCGCAACUCCAAAGGUCCUGGAAAUCGUCCUCGACGGUGCUGGUAGCUACGGUUUGUCCAUUGCCGGCGGUCUAGGCAGUCCUCCAUACAUUGAAGGUGACAACGGUGUCUUCAUCUCCCGCGUUGCCGUUGACGGCCGGGCCGAAGCAGGUGGAAUCGAAGUUGGUGACAAAAUCGCCAAAGUUAACGGCGUAAACGUUUUGGACAAAACUCACGAAGAUGUUGUCGACAUUUUAAGACAAUGUAGAGAAGUCGACGCUGCACCCGAGUUUGUUCUCUAUCGCUAUCCAUUGAACCAGGGCUUCCAGCCGCUUGUAAAUGAGUCUGACUCGGAAGAAGAUGCGGACGAGAAGGCUUUUAUCAAUGGAACAGCCGGAAUCAAUGCGCAGCUUGACUUCAGCGUUCUGUCGAGCGACAGCGUCGAUGAAAAACCACUACCAAUUCCAGAUCUCGUUCAAACUCCAGUAUACUCGUCGGAACCAGCUGAAGACGGUGACUCUUCCAUGCCUCCACCUCCUCUCUCGCCGCCAGAAGAGAAACAAACUGAGCCUCAAGAGACGCCUGAAGCGCUUCCUAUCAUCCAGCCCGUUUCACCGUCAUCGGUAACUCUUGAGCUCGAGUCGACGACGAUUGAUCCGUCGAUUCCUGAACCUCUAUCGUUCCCUGAUCAGACGAUAGUGAAUAAUGAUCCCUUACCUUCCCCCCCGCUUACAAGCGAGAGUCUACCGGAGCCGGUAGCUUCUCCAACAAAGCCAUCUCCCAAAUUACCCUCGCAAAUCACGCUCGCUACUCCGCCAGCUUCUACAGCACAGCAGCCUCCAAUUGAUUUUCAAUCACCAAAGCCAUUCAAGUCUCCUGAAAGACAACCGGAUGGCGCGCAAAUGAGUUUCAAAGAGAAAAUGAAAAUGUUCAAGUCCGGCCCCGCUCCAAAUUCGAGGCCCCAGAUGCGAACAAAAAUCUCACUCGUUAAUAACCAGGAUCUCUCCAGCAUCCGCGCUGACGAAAAUCGAAAGUUGAUUUCACAGAGUGCGGCACAGCUUCGACAAGAGAAGUUCUUUGACCUUAAUGACUCGGAAGAUCUGUACCGCCAAACAGCCGAUUUGGACAAUGGCGCGGGAGGAGAUCAACCACCCAAAAUCAAGCGAGCAGUCACUACGUCUAAAAUGGAAAAUCCUCUGUUACGGGGCUUGCAAUUCUACAUUCAUAGCGCUAGACUUUAUUUAUUUAAAUUUUUAAAAAACCUACUCGGUUUGAUUUUUUCUAAGCCCUCGAAGACUGCUUUGGGCGGAAGUUCAAGCACUGGCGGUUCGCAUAUUCCGAGAGGAACUGAUCUGACGGAUUUGGAGCGUGAAGCAAGUCUUUCACUUGGUCAGAGCGUGAGCCCACGUGAGUGGGAGCGGGAUGUCGAAAGGAGUCGCAAGCUGCGCAUGGAACGGAUGAAGGAAAUGGACGACGACGCCAAGAAGGCCCAGAAAGUCCUCCGUCGCGAACGAAGUCUCAAAGGCGAAAACUACAACCUUCCGACGACGCGAUAA